AUGACCUUUUCACAAUUAAAGAUAUUGGGACGGACGGUAUUUUUUGGGAUAGAAAUUGCACGCAGUAGUGAUGGAAUCUACUUGGCUAAGACGAAGUAUAUUAUGGAUAUAAUUGCAGACACUGGUUUGUUGCAUGCUAAGGCAAUCUCCACCCCGCUUCCUUCUGGCCUCAAGUUAUGCUCUGACGCUGGCACUCUUCUUCAGACACCCGACUCUUUUAGGCGAUUGGUAGGCAGAUUACUAUAUUUGAGCUUCACUAGGCCGGAUAUUUCUCACGCUGUUCAGCAGUUAAGCCAGUAUUUGAAUCAUCCUUGCGACGUACAUUGGAACGCUGCCCUUCAUGUGGUCAAAUAUCUUAAGGGUUGUCCUUCCCUUGGCUUGUUUCUCCCUACUGCUAAUUCUUUGAUUCUGCAGGGCUAUUGCGAUGCCGAUUGGGCAUCAUGCUCUGAUUCGAGGCGAUCGUUGACAGGUUUCUGCAUUUUUCUCGGUUCAGCUCUUAUUUCUUGGAAAACAAAAAAGCAGUCGACCGUUUCUCGGUCUACUGCGGAGGCAGAGUAUCGCAGCUUGGCUGCUACCGUGUGUGAGUUACGUUGGGUAUCUUAUUUGUUGUCUGAUUUUGGUGUGCAUCUUGUUUUGCCUAUUUCUUUGUUCUGCGACAACAAAGCCGCAUUGCACAUUCUUGCUAAUCCGGUUUUCCAUGAGCGCACUAAGCACAUCAAGAUUGAUUGUCACCUUGUGAGGAAUGCAUAUAAAGAUGGUUUUAUUGCUCCUGAGUUAGUUCGAAGCUUUGAUCAACUUGUCGACGCUUUCACUAAAAGUCUUCCGUUGAAGGUCUUCCAUUCCUUUAUUUCCAAGUUGGGUCUAGUUUCUUGUGCCCCCAGUCCCACUUGUGGGGGGGCUGUUGGAGUAUGCCUCAUCACUACAGAUCUUGCUUCCAUGAAUGGUACUCAGAGUGAUACAGCUGCUGCAGGUGCUGGAGAUGCAGUUGAUCUUCUGGAUGCAGGAUAG